AAAAAUCAGUAUAUAAAACCUGGCUUUGCUUAAAUCCGACGUGAAAGUUGUCAAUUUUGCAUUUUAUUUAAUAAAACGCACUGCAAGAAUGAUGACUUUCGGAAAUUCACGCCAUUACCUUAGUUCAAAGGCCACCACAUUAUAUAAUUAAAUUUAAACAAAAUUGUCACGUGAAGAACUUGAAAUAACUGGUACGACAACAUUUUUACCCUAUUAUUACCUUGGGAAUUAAAAUAAAAUACAAUUUUUUAACCAUUCAGUCGUCAUAAUUUAUCACGAGUUUUGCAGUCACAUGAUUUAAUAAUGCGCACUGAAAAAUAGUAAAAUUAAAAUUGCAACAAGAAAUUUCACUAACACGGGUUCACUAAACUCGAAUCAAGGUGAAAGCAUCUCUCAACUCCUCAUUUUCCAUUCAACCAUGUUUGCAGUGUUGCUCCUAGUCUUUGUUUUCCUCGCAGUUAUUUAUUUUAAACUAGUUGUGCCGUUUUUCUACUGGCAAAAGCGCGAUAUUUUUUACGUUAAGCCGUGGACACGUUUCCGGAAGGUGUUUUUAGGGAAGGAAUCGUUUGCGGAAGCUGUGCGAGCCGCUUACGACGAACAUCCAGACAAAAGAUACUAUGGCAGUUAUCAGUUCCUCCAACCGUCACUUUUCGUCCGCGACUUGGACCUAAUCAAAGCCAUAACAGUCAAAGACUUUGAACAUUUUACAGACCACUCUGCUUUCACUAGCGAAAAAACGGACCCAAUUCUCGGUCUAAAUCUGUUCUCUUUAAAGGGCCAGAAAUGGCGAGAGAUGCGGUCGACGCUAAGUCCGGCUUUUACCGGAAGCAAAAUGCGAGCAAUGUUCACACUAAUUGCGCAAACUGCCGAAAGUUUCACUCAAUAUUUGCUAGGUCUUGGUCAAGGUGUUGUUGAAGUGGAGAUGAAAGACACUUGCACGAAAUUCACAAAUGAUGUGAUUGCCAAUUGCGCCUUUGGAAUUGAGUGCAACUCGUUGUUAAACCCAGAGAAUGAGUUUUAUAAAAUGGGCACUAUGGUGUCCAAACCUAGCCCUUGGAGGCUGUUCAAAAGCCUGCUUUAUGGGUUCUUUCCGAAAAUUUUUGAGUUUUUCCGAAUUCCAGCUCUGCCCCCAACCAUUUCCGACUUUUUCUUGCGAAUUAUCAAAGACGCGAUCAUUGUGAGAGAACAGCAAGGAAUCGUAAGACCUGACAUGAUCCACCUCCUGCUCGAGGCCCGCAAAGGGCGCUUAAAGCACGACAAAAUCGAGGCAAACGAACCAGGUUUUGCAACCGUCCAGGAAUCAACAAUCGGCCAAAACGAAAAGUCGCUUCAAAUCACUGACGAAUUAAUCACAGCCCAGGCCCUUGUUUUCUUCAUCGCCGGUUUCACCACCUCGUCCAGCUUGAUGAGUUUUCUGGCGUACGAACUUGUGGUGAAUCCCGAGAUACAGAAGAAAUUGCAAAAGGAAAUUGACUCAUUUCUGGACAGGGAAUUUUCAUACGAACAAGUCCUCCAGAUGAAGUACUUGGACCAAGUGGUGUCGGAAGCUCUACGGAAAUAUCCCCCAGGUUACGUCCUGAACCGGAUUUGUGUCAAGGACUAUGUCAUUAAACCAAAACAGGAGAGGGAAAAAGUGGCGGUUAUUGAAAAAGGUUGUUUGGUGGCGAUUCCGGUCAUUGCGUUACAUUACAGUCCGGAGUUUUUCCCCGAUCCGGAAAAAUUCAACCCGGAGCGGUUCAGUGACGAAAAUAAGGGCAAAAUCUUGCCAGGGUCUUACAUCCCCUUUGGGUUAGGGCCACGAAAUUGCAUAGGAUCACGUUUCGCUCUUUUGGAAAUCAAGGUUUUGCUAGUCAAACUUUUGGCAAAGUUUGACUUGGUUCCAGUGGACAAGACAGUGAUUCCGCUCAAGUUUGCCAAAACUUUGGGGUUGGACGCGAAAGGGGGAAUUUGGGUUGGGUUGAAGAAACGAACAUAAUUGUAGUUGUAUUUUUUAUUUUAAUAAAUAGCUUAGACUUUU